CCGCCAGGACCGGCCCUCCCGGGGCGGUGCCGCGCAGGAGCGGCGGCCGAACGCCAUGGAGGGCGGCGGAGGCGCCUACGGGGCGGCCAAGGCCGGCGGUGCCUUCGACCUGGUCCGCUUCGUGCAGCAGCCGCAGGUGGUGGCGCGGAUCGUCAGCGCGGUCUUCGCCCUGAUCGUGUUCGCCUGCCUGGUCGGGGAUGGCUACAUGAGCCGGCCCGAGGACCCGCAGCUCUUCUGCAUCUUCAACCACAACGAGGACGCCUGUCGCUACGGCAUCGGCAUCGGCGUCCUCGCCUUCCUCGCCUGUAUCUUCUUCUUCAUGGUGGACGUGUAUUUCCCCCAGAUCAGCAACACUACGGACCGCAAGUACCUGGUCCUGGCCGACCUCGGCUUCUCAGGUCUCUGGACCUUCCUGUGGUUCAUCGGCUUCUGUUUCUUGACCAACCAGUGGUCCUGGACACGGGCUGAGGAUGUGUACAUCGGAGCGGACUCUGCCCGCGCUGCCAUCACCUUCAGCUUCUUCUCCAUCUUCUCCUGGGCACUCCUGCUCACCUUCGCUUACAAGAGGUACAAAAUGGGGGUGGAGGACUUUGCUCAAAGCUAUGCCGACCCCAGCCCGGGGGUUCCAACUCCCUACUCCAGCUAUCCCAACAUCAGCCAUGAGAGCUACCAGCAGCCGCCUUUCACGCACACAGCGGAGGCCCCGGAGGGCUAUCAGCCACCCCCGGUGUACUGAGCCCUAGCUGGCACCUGCGGGACGGCUGUACCAGUGCAAUUCCUUCCGCGGGGUGGGAGGGAGGGAUCUGCAACUUGGAGGGGGCAGUGGGGUGGGAGGGUGAUUGCUGCUUUGUUUGAAGGUGACUGGGCCUUUUCUUGGGGUGCAGGAGGGGCUUCUGCCUGGUCCCAGAGCUGAGAUCCUCAUUGGAGGGUCCAGAGCCUGGUGUGUGAUUUGGUGGGUGAUUUGGCACACGAUGAUUUACAGCUGCUGGGUGAGCAGUGCAGCUGCAGGAGGUUGGGUGUGCGGGCAGCCCUGGCACGUACAAGCCUCUGCUUUUGCUGUGCUGCCUUGGUGGUGGGCUGCAGUUCACACCCUGACCCUGGCCAGGCUCUGCCCCUGUGACUGCUGCCCUGGCCCGUCCUGUCUCCAGUGCCUUUCAGCCCUGCUGGCUGCAUUCCCCCAGAGCCAUCUCUCACUGCUGCAGCACAGCCAGGCCCAGCUCUGCCUGCGCUGCCUUCCUGUGCCUUCCUCCCGCGGUUGCUUCUGGGCCAGCUCUUGCCAAAGCCCCCCCUUCCCUUCUCUAACGCCGUGCUGUGCCUUCCCCGCGCCUGCACUAGAGCGGCUGGUGCAUGGCUGAUGCGGUUUGGGGUGUGUGGGAGUGGUGAGCACUGAGAUCCCUCAGCAGGGCCAUGGCUGAGGACAUCCUGGAGCACUUUCUUUCCCUUGUGUGCCUGCCCGAAUGCUGCUGCAAGGCUGAGCUCCUGCACCCUGCCCACGGCUCCUGCCUGCACUCCAGCCACACCAGGAGCCUGUGGGCCCUUGUCUCAGGUUGUGUUUGCUGCUGUGCUGUGGUAAAGCUGUUCCCAGCAGCCAUGUGGGCCAUCCCUGCUGGGGCCAGCGUUCAAGUAGUUGUUCACUGUAGGGUUGGAAUAAACUUUUUCACCAAGCCAA